AGAGACCCCAAGCAUCAGGCGCGCCAGUCUUACGUAGAACUGUUUUAACACGCCCUGCUUUCGCGACGGAAACCCCAAGCAGCAUAAACGAGAUAGCUUUGUGCAUCGUGCGUCAUAGCCACUCAGCGGGCCACUUUCCAUCUUUGCUUCGGUUCUCGGUUUUGUUUGUGCUCGGGAUCUGCGUUCCACCAGCGACCCCUGGUAUGCAGCAUCUAGCAAGUCAGCCUCAUGGCACCUCAAGGCCCGCCCGCCUUCACCAGUCCGGCAUCGACAUCAGCGACAGCUCAUGACUCGGCCGCGGCUCGCAGCGCAGCCCUAAGAGGUGCGACGCUCGCCUUCCAGGCCCAGAAAUCCGGCGUCGACAAAGCCAAACCCGCCCCUAGAGCGCCGAACCCGACGACAAGAGGCAAUGGUGCUCUUCUCGCUGCAACCCAAGCUUCCAGAGAGCAGAGUAGCCCACGGACAAGAUCGCCGACAAAUACCUCGAGGAAGAACAAUGGCCAGAGUCGGGAUAUAAGCAGACAAGGCACGGGGGGAAGUGUCCAAGAGGCGGGGACCUACGGUGGCGAGCUCGAGCAUGGAGCAGUCUCCCAGCGAUUGACGCAGUAUUUAAGCUCAUCGCCGGCGAGCCUCCGCUUUCUUUCACCUGGUGGGAGACCAUCUAUGGAUCAGAAGUCACCCUCCUUCAUCGCCGCUACACUGGCUGCCAGCAGGUCUGCCUCACCGUCCCCGAACCAUACCGGCCAUGCCUCCCCUUAUCCUCCCGCCGGUCAUAGCCCUCUCGGUCCCCCGAGGGCAAGGCGAGGACAUAGCUUUGGGGCGAAUAGCGUCGACUCUUUCGCAACGAACCAGGAUAUUCUAGACACGAGCCCAGUCCCUCCUGCGACAUCCCUGAUAUCCAUGUUCCAGCACAAGAUCGAUACGGACCCUGUUAAGAAGAGGGACCCUUCACCCGAGCAAAGACAUGUCGAAAGGCCCAAGCUACGCCUGCCGACUCCCCCGAGAUCCCUGAGCCCCAGAGGACAAGACUCGGCGUAUAAAGCCCAGGCGGUCACCCCAAAGCUGGCUCCCAAGCCGAAAUCCACGCGGACACGCCCAGCAUCGCCGCCACAGAUCAUUCGCCGUAGCGCGACCGAGAUGAUAUCCCCAGAUCCUCGGAGACUAGGGCCCAAGCCGAACCUUCAGCCCUCGGAGAAAGUAGCUAAUCCACCGGAUGCCUCAAACCCAAGGCGCCCCAAGCCCGCAACUCCCAAAAAGGGACCCGAGCUAUCGAAGAACACCCAACCAGUGGAAGUAACUAGGCCUAGUGUGACCUCAUCACCUAACUCCGAAGCAUCAUCAGACGACACGUUCGUCUCCGCAUCCUCCACACAGUCCCCGCGGCCGAGCUCCCCUGUUAGAGGCAGGGAGCGUCCAGCCCGCGAAACGGAGCCCCCGCGAUCUUCUCCACGACCUUCUCUGCAGAGGUCGAGUCCCGUCCGGCAGGCCCUGUCUGCCUACUCCUAUUCCCCCGGCCGGGGACUAUCGCCCAACCACUCGACGACCACCGUCGACACGGCCAGCUCUCUCCCCCUGGACUCCCUCACCAGCGCCAUAAUGGCAGGCAACCUAGCCUCCGCGCGCCACGCAAUGGCCACCCACGACUCCCCGACACCCCCGGCCCCUCCUCCCCCGCGCCGGCCGGGCCACCACCACCACCACCACCACCACCACCCCCUCCACCUGCGGCCCCCAAGCCUCCCCCUGCACCAGCAACACUCCGGCACGGGCCGGCGCAAGGGCAGCAACAGCAAGAGCAAAUCGCCGCAGCGCCGCGGGAUGCUGCAGACGCUCCGGCAGCCGCCGGCGUCGCCGUCUCGGCGCGGCGGCUCGGCCGACGACAACAACAACAACGGCCACGGCGAUGACGACGACGGCGGUGACGACUCGGACGCGCGGCGCCGGCGACACCGACACCGACCCCGGGCGCUGGGCGGCGGCGGGAAAAGGCACGCGCACCACGAGGGGUCGCGCAAGCGGUGGCGCGACGGGGUGUCUGCGCGGGAGCGGAGGAGGUACGAGGCCGUGUGGGCGAGCAACAGGGGGUUAUUCCUCGGCGACGAGGAAGGGUCGGCGGACCUGGUCGCCAACGUGGUCGUGCGGGAUAUCUGGGAGCGCAGCCGGUUGCCCGAGGACGAGCUGGCCGAGGUGUGGGACCUCGUUGACCGGGGCGGCGGCGGGGCGCUGGAUAAGCAGGAGUUUGUGGUGGGCAUGUGGCUCGUCGACCAGCGGCUCAGGGGCAGGAAGAUACCCUCCCGCGUCAGCGUCAGCGUCUGGGAUAGUGCCAGGGGGGUGAGGGUCGUGGGGCCGAAGGGGAAGUGAGGUGUGCUGGUGGAUUUGUCGGCUGCAUCUUGGAAGGGCGAGUAUAAGGUCUAUUUGCUUUGCAAGGGAGUAAUGGGAUGCGCACACAUUUAGCAUCGGUUAUUGCUGAAGAGGUUUGGUCAGGGGGCGAUGAAGCAUAGCAUAGAUAUGUACCCUCCCCUGGUGGUGGAGUGUAUAUGGCGACUUAGGCGCUUGUAA